UAGAUUGGCGGUGCUAACGUGGGAAUCACUGGUGGUCAGACAUCCUGGGGAGCAGGCUGGCGUCAGUGGGUGUGGUUAGCCCUUGUGAUCCUGGCUACUCAGAAGUUCAGAGGAAGUAACGUUUUCACUGAAGAGCUAGCGCUCUAUCAACAAGGAGCUGUCCUUUGAUAUCCCCGGCCAAGCACUCAUGUUUUCAUGGCUUCCCUUCAGCUGUGCCCUGCUGCUGCUGCAACCACUACCUGCAAGGUCCUUGGAAAAUGCUUACACAGCUGAGGUCGGGAAGAAUGCCUAUCUGCCCUGCAGCUACACUGUACCUGCCCCUGGGACGCUCGUGCCUAUCUGCUGGGGCAAGGGAUCCUGUCCUUUGUUACAGUGUGCCAGUGUGGUGCUCAGAACGGAUGAAACGAAUGUGACAUAUCGGAAAUCCAGAAGAUACCAGCUAAAGGGGAAUUUCUACAAAGGAGACAUGUCGCUGACCAUAAAGAAUGUGACUCUAGCUGACUCUGGGACCUACUGCUGCAGGAUACAAUUCCCUGGCCCAAUGAAUGAUGAAAAAUUAGAGCUGAAAUUAAGCAUCACUGAACCAGAGACACAGACCCUGGUGACCCUCCAUGAUAACAAUGGAACAAAAAUUUCCACAUGGGCCGAUGAAAUUAAGGACUCUGGAGAAACUAUCAGAACUGCUGUCCACAUUGGAGUAGGCGUCUCUGCUGGGCUGGCCCUGGCACUUAUUCUUGGUGUUUUAAUCCUUAAAUGGUAUUCCUCUAAGAAAAAGAAGUUGCAGGAUUUGAGUCUUAUUACACUGGCCAACUCCCCACCAGGAGGGUUGGUGAAUGCAGGAGCAGGCAGGAUUCGGUCUGAGGAAAACAUCUACACUAUAGAGGAGAACAUAUAUGAAAUGGAGAAUUCAAAUGAGUACUACUGCUAUGUCAGCAGCCAGCAGCCAUCCUGACCGCCUCUGGGCUCCCGACUUUAAAGGCUCCCUUUCAUUUCUGACUUUGGUACUUUCUUUUUCGAAAACUAUGAGAUAAGUCACCUGGCAACCUCAUUGGAGGUUCUGUCCACAGCCACCAAGAAAAGAGUUCCUGUUUUCUGGGGAUAACGAACUCACAAGGAGAUUCAACUGUAACCUAUGCUACAUUGAAAUGCACCACUUUACCUGAGUUUCAGGGACAGGAUCUCCCAACCCAGAGACUGCACUCAUGGAUGUUGAAGCUCACAUGUGCUUCCUUACAUUAGGAAUGGCUAGUAUGAUGUCUCUGAGACAUUAAGGUUUGUGGUAUGUCCGCAAAGCUCCUGAACAGGUAGAGGGAAUAAAGGGCUAAGAUCGGUAGGUGCAGGUCUUUGUUGGUGCUCGAAAUCUAAAAAAGCUGGUGGUUUUCCUAGAGAUUUCUAACCUUGAAAGAUUCAGAGCCGGGUGGCAUAUGCUUAACAUUCCAUAACUUGGGAACCUCAGGCAGGAGGGUGGUGAGUUCAAGGUCAGCUGGGGCUAUGUUGGUGAGACUUUGUCUCAAAAACAAAAGAAGAAAAUAAACACACAGACACUGGAGACUGGAGAUAUGGCUCAGUGAGGUGCUUGUUAUAAAGCAUGAGGAACCUGAGUUUGGUCCCAGACCUGACAUAAAAAAGCUAGGCAUGGUAGUGCAUGCUUGUGAACUCCAGAGAUAGGGAGGUAAAGGCAAAGCAGAUCCCUGGGGCAUGAUUGACGCCACCUUAGCCUAGAUGGUGAGUUGCAAGUCCGUGAGAGUCCCUGUCUCAUAAUAAGAUGGACUGUGUUCCUGGGGAACAUCAAUGGAGACUGUCCUGGGCUCUCUGCAGACAUGCGCAUGUACCUUACACACGCACAUGCGCAUGCGCACGCAAAUGCGCACGCGCACAUGAGGUUACACGCAAAAGAUUAAAAGAAAGGAAGGAUCAGAACAGGGCUAAAUGAUAGUGAAAGUUCUCUGUGUGCCUUCUGCCUCUCUAUAAUGUUUAUCUCUAUAUGACUCUCCUCUGCCUCUGUUAAGACUGCCUCUGAACGGGAGCACUGAAAUGCAGACCUGUAAUUAAUUCCAGCACCCAGAAGGUUGAAGCAGGAGCAUGGAGAGGUCAGGAGCAUGGUGUCCUACACUGCCAGACUCUCGUACACAAGAAAAACGUUGCCCAUAAGUGGCCUGCUGACUGCGAAAGGAAACUUUUUACGAAAGCUGCACCUUGCCUGCUGUGUGCUCAAAGGGAACUGACUCAGACAACUUCUCCAUUUCUGGAGGAAACUGGAGCCGUGUUUCUGACAGAAGAAGAACCGGUGACUGGGACACACGAAGGCAGACCUCUUGCAGCAAUCUAUAUAGUCAGCAAAAGAUCCUUUUGGUAGGACAGUGGUCACCAAACUUAAUUUCCAAGCUGGUGGAGCUCAGUUUCAUCUGGCUUACAACUGCUUGGCCAGUGCCUUGGUCUGUGUUGGUUCUCAUAUAUAACAGAGUCAAUUAAAUAGACCCAGAGUGAAAAUAUUAAGUGAGCAGAAAGGUAGCUUUGUUGAAAGACUUUUUGCACCGGGGUGCUACUGUGUAUGUCAGAGGACGUCUGUUAGUGAAGGCACUGAAACCUGCAUGUUUGGAUCUUUUCUUGUAUGAAUUUUGAUGUUUAGGCUGCAUUUAGCUAGCUGUGGAACUACUGGAUCUUUUAGGUGGGUAUGGAAGGGAGACCAUCUGCAGAAUCAAUUAGGUAACAUCUCUCAUGCAGAUGGGAAAAUUAAUCUCAAGUGUUUUAAAGUAAUAAAACCAACUGUACUAGUGAAGUACUUUGAGCAUAUUUAAACCAGAUCAAUGGUUUCCCCCAUUGAGGUCCUUAUCUGACAAAGUCUUUAAGCAAGGGCAUAUAUACAAAGACGAUCACUGCUGUGGUGUUUGCCAGGGAUUUUUUUUUUUAUAUCAAUAGAGGGAUAAUUAAUUAAUACGGUAUUAUAGUUUAUAUUGAUUGAUAAUUUGACAGAUAUAAGAUCACCUUGGAGAUCGAUCUCUGGCUGUGUCUCUGAGGCAUUUUCUAGGUUAGGUUAGGUGAAAUGGGGAGAUCCACUAAAUAUUUUCUUGUUUCCUGUCUUCAUCAAAGAACAUUGGUCAAGGUCAAGGGCACCAGAAGGAGUCAGUAAGCUAGAACUAGAAUCCUUGUUUUUAGACCUGUGGUCACCUAAAAUCAGGUAUUCAAGAUGGAGUUGGUGGGUGGCACAGGAAAAAUGAGGGAGCCAAAGGAGGUAGUAAAAGGGGCCAGGAAAUGGUAAACAGAUACUUAAAGGCUUCAAAAAUGAGAGGAUGGAGAGAUGGCUCGGCAGUUCAGAGGGAUGGCUGUGCCAUUACGGGGACUAUAGUUUGGAACUCAGCACCUUUGCAACAAGACUGGAGUCUACUGCAGGUGUGCAGCCUUGGUGGAGGUGGUCAGAGAGUAAGAUGACUGGACUUCCUGGCUUCUAGCCUAGCAGAGAAACAGAAGAAUGGCUGAUUGUAUGGUGUGAUAAUUUAUAUCGAUUGUUAACUUGACAGGGUCUAAGAUCACCUUGGAGAUGAAUCUCUGCCUGUGUCUGUGAGGUACUUUCUAGAGUUGGUCUAUUGAGGUGGGAAGACCCACCCUGAGUGUGGGUGGGGCCUUCUCCUGUGCUGGUGUUCAGGAUGGACGCUGCCUUAUAGAAAUAGAGAAACAGAGGAGGACACGUGAUUCCCUCUUCUAGUCUCUGUGCAUGUGCUCACACACACAUACAACACACACGUGUGCAUGCAUUUUCGCACACACACAAACACAACUCUUUAAAAAAAUGUAACACAAAAUCCAAUUCACGGUAAUAUGAAAAGUGAAAAGAAAUCAAUCUAUACAAAUAAACGCAAGAGAGAUACAGGAUGACCAGAUUAAAAUUAAUAAAAAUAACACACAAAACCAACACCAAGGGGGAAAAGAACUGAUGGAAUGACUCAGUGUAAGCCUCAUGACUUGAGUUGGAUCCCCAAGCCCCUGUCAACUUAAGUUCGAUCCCUGGAACCUAUGGUGAAAGAGAGACCUGACUCCUGAAAGUUGACCUCUGACUUCUACAUUCACGCUGCAUGAGCCUAUGUUCACACACUCAUCAUACAUACACAAUAACAAUGCAUUGGAUUAAAAAUUUAAAAAAGCUAAAGAAUUCAAAACUCAUGGAAAGAUUAAGGCCUUCUGGGAUGCAUGAGACACAAUUUCAAAACAACAAAAAAAGAAGAGUAAAACUCAAAAAGCAAGAAAUCAAAGGCUGGCAAGAUGGCUCAGCCUUGUUUUAGAAUUAUGAAGGCUGGAGUUUAGAACCUUGUGUCUGUGUAACAAGCUAGGUGUCUUCCACAUGCCUAUAACCCCGUCUCUGAGAGUGUGUGUGUGUGUGUGUGUGUGUGUGUGUGUGUGUGUGUGUAAGAAUCACCUGCCUUUGCUGGCUUCUAGCACAGUAGAACAAAUUUAAGACUCAAUUCUUGGGGCUGGGGAUUUAGCUCAGUGGUAGAGCGCUUACCUUGGAAGCGCAAGGCCCUGGGUUCGGUCCCCAGCUCCGAAAAAAAGAACCAAAAAAAAAAAAAAAAAAAAAAAAGACUCAAUUCUUGGAAAGUCCCUGCCUCAAAAGAACAAGUGGAGAGAAAUAGAGGAGGUUACCCAAAGCCCUCUUAUAGCCUUUACUCAUGUGUACACACACACACAAACACACACUACUAACAGACUAAUUGACUGACUGACUGACUAACUAACUAACUAACUAGCUAACUGUGGUGGUUUGAAUAGGAAUGGUCUCCAUAGACUCAUGUGUUUGAAUGCUUAGUGCAGAGGGAAUGAUACUAUUAAGUGGUGAGGCCUUGGGGCUGGAGAGAUGGCUCAGUGGUUAAGAGCACUGAUUGCUCUUCCUAAGGUCCUGAGUUCAAAUCCCAGCAACCACAUGGUGGCUCGCAACCAUCUGUAAUGAGAUCUGAUGCCCUCUUCUGGUGUGUCUGAAGACAGCUACAGUGUACUUAUAUACAAUAAAUAAAUAAAUCUUAUUUUUAAAAAAA